UCGUGCAGUCCGGGGACGGAGAAUCUCGCAGCUGCGGGCGCUGGUGAGAACAGGAUGGAGAGUUCAGAGUUGCCUCCAAAGCAGGAACUUUCUAAAGUUUUGAAGUCAUCUGAUAGAACCUCAGUAGUACUCUGUGGAAUGAUUCCAGGAGAACCAGAAGCUGGAGAUGCCUGUGAAGAGGCUCUAGAGAAGCUAGAAGUUCAACCCUCAGGUGAAGAAGGGACCAGACUGGAAAGGGAUUUCUUGGAAAUAACAGAGGAAGAUAAAAAUAAAUCCACAAAAGAUGGGUGUGAUGAAUAUAAGGAACUUGGGGGACAUCCAGACCUGUCCUCCAGUCCUGCAGAACAUCAAGGAGUUCUGAAGGGGCAGAAAUUCUAUCGAUGUGAUGAAUGUGGCAAAGCUUUUAAUUGGAGUUCUCACCUCAUUGGGCAUCAGAGAAUCCACACUGGGGAGAAACCCUAUGAGUGCAAUGAGUGUGGCAAGACCUUCAGGCAGACCUCUCAGCUUAUAGUCCAUCUCAGAAUCCACACAGGGGAAAAGCCCUAUGAAUGCAGUGACUGUGGUAAGACCUAUCGCCACAGCUCCCAUCUCAUUCAACACCAGAGACUCCAUACUGGGGAGAAACCGUAUAAAUGUAUUGAAUGUGGAAAAGCUUUCAAUGAGAGUUCCAAACUCUUUGACCAUCAGAGAACCCAUACUGGGGAGAAACCAUAUGAAUGCAAUGAAUGUGGAGCAGUCUUUAGUCGGAGUAAAAGCCUUGUCCGCCAUCAGGUACUUCACACUGGUGAGAAACCUUACAAGUGUAAUGAGUGUGGGAAAGCUUUCUGUUCUAACAGAAAUCUUAUUGACCAUCAGAGAAUCCACACUGGGGAGAAGCCUUAUGAAUGUAAUGAAUGUGGCAAGGCGUUCAGUCGAAGUAAAUGUCUUAUUCGACAUCAGAGCCUCCACACUGGGGAAAAACCAUUCAAAUGCAGUGAGUGUAGGAAAGCCUUUAAUCAGAUCUCUCAACUUGCUGACCAUGAGCGAAUUCAUACUGGAGAAAAACCCUUUGAAUGUAAUGAGUGUGGUAAGGCAUUCAGUCUGAGUAAAUGUCUCAUUCGACAUCAGAGACUUCACACGGGUGAAAAGCCCUAUAAAUGCAAUGAGUGUGGAAAAUCCUUCAAUCAAAACUCAUACCUCAUUAUUCAUCAGAGAAUUCACACUGGUGAGAAACCUUAUGAAUGUAAUGAAUGUGGGAAGGUCUUCAGUCAUAAUUCUAGCCUUAUGGUACAUCAGAGAACCCAUACUGGGGAGAAACCAUAUAAGUGCAAAGAUUGUGAGAAAGCUUUUCGUGACAGCUCACAACUCACUGUGCACCAAAGAGUUCACACUGGAGAGAAACCCUAUGAAUGUAUUGAAUGUGGGAAAGCCUUCAGUCAGCGUUCUACUUUCAAUCACCACCAGCGAACUCACACUGGAGAAAAGCAGUCAGGUCUGGCUCGGUCUGUUUUUUAAGAUGUGAUUCUCUAAGACAGCAAGGAACUCUGAGUUAAGGUUUCUAUAGAAGAAGUAUGCUCACCCUGGUCUCCUCUUGGAACCACUAAUCAAAGUGGAUCAUUCCCUAAAUGCUCCCUGGUGGUCAGGAAGGUGAGAGAGUGGGAGUAACAGUACCAUCCUUCCCCACUAAGGACUACACAUUUCAUGUGCUUGUAGGUUUCCUUUUUCUUCACCUUUUUUUUUUUUGGCCACGCCAUGCGGCUUGUGGGGGAGCUUUCCCGACCAGGGAUCAAACCCGCGCCCUCAGCAGUGAAAGCAAGGAGUCCUAACCAGUGGACCACCAGGGAAUUCCCUUCUUUCACUUUUAAAAAAAAUUAAAAUCUAUCUUGUUUCUUAAUUAUUUGUCCCACAAUUAUAUUCUUAAGGAAAGAGAUAUUUCCUUAUUCUAUUCCACCUCCUCCAUUUUACCAUUUAUAUAAAGUCAUUCUCCAAGACUCUGAGUCAUACUUUCUACCUCUUGAAUGUGGCCCUUUUAAAACUACUUUAAUCUAGACUCUCAUCACUUGUGUUCUCUACCUAGAAAAGCUUUUCUUCCUGUUGGCCAAUCUGUGUCCCUUGAACCUUUAAGAUCUAGGUCAUCUCUGAAGGACUUUCUUCUUAAAAUGCUCCUUUUUUCCUCCUAACCUGUUGAUUGACCUCAGUGUUUUGAAUUAACCUGUGCUGUAAUUUGCAAUUGUUAUAUAAUUGCCUUGUCAAUUCUCAACCUAAUGCCCCUUUGUGUCCUUUUAUACUAACUUCAUGUAGGCUUUCAGGUUGUGUAUAGUAUCUAUUUCUUUUAGCAUAUAGAUAAUACUUUGCAUAUUCUAGUUGUUAAAUAGCUUUUAAAAACUCGCCUCUCCAACUGAACCAUGCUUAAAGUGGGCAUGAACUCCCCUUUCACCACCAGACCUAAAAUUUCUAAAGAUGGGUAUCAUAGGAUAUCAAAUACAAAGGCCUCAUUCAUAUCUUCUCCUUGUGUCCUUUAGAGUCUUACUACUGUUACCUCAGCCUCAGAGAGUUAAUGGAUUUGUGUUUGAGUGUGUGCAGGUGUGUGCGUAUAUGUAUGUAUCUAGGUAUUGGAGGCAGCUGUCAUGUUCCAGUGAUAAUGUACUUUGCCAUGAACACAGACUCCGGUUCUGUACUAGCUUUCUCCACCCUGCUGUCUAAGUACAAGAACAGCAUCGAAGUUUACUGCAAAGAAGACUCAACUUCCAUGGCAAUUUCAGUUCCUAGCAUUCUUGGAUGAUUGGAAUGAACAGUAAUGAAGUUUGUGACAAAAUAAUAGAGUCAAACCAUUCUGAUUUCCUUACCAACUAGUUCUAGAUGCCUGCAACUGUCAUCUGAUUUUUAGGUGAGAGGUGUACGCUUAAUUAUUGUGAUUAUCUUCUGGGCCAACUUUCAUACCUCAAAGGCAUAAGAAAAUCUCUUCAGGGGAUUUCCUCUUCUACAGUCAUGUAUCAGACACAAGUUUUUCUUUCCAUCCUUGUAGUAGGGCCUCAAUGCUAGGGGAUCUUUGUCCCUGGUAGCUACCCUCUUCCUCUUAGCAAUAUGACAGGAUAAGCAGUGUGGCAGAGGAGGAGGAGGUUAGAGGGGCAAUGUCAGGCACAUAACCUAGAGGAGAGAGAUUAUUGUGAGCUGUGAUUUAUGUCUCCGAGACAGUGGAGAAGAAGGGGAAGAGAGUUGAGGCUCAAGAAAAUAAGAAUUAGGGGCUUCCCCGGUGGCGCAGUGGUUGAGAGUCCGCCUGCCAAUGCAGGGGACACGGGUUCGUGCCCCGGUCCGGGAAGAUCCCACAUGCCGUGGAGCGGCUGGGCCCGUGAGCCAUGGCCGCUGAGCCUGCGCGCCCGGAGCCUGGCUGGGCCCGAGAGCCAUGGCCACUGAGACUGUGCGUCCGGAGCCUGUGCUCCGCAACGGGAGAGGCCACAACAGUGAGAGGCCCGUGUACCGCAAAAAAAAAACAAAAAAAGAAAAUAAGAAUUAGAUAUGAUUCUGGGUGAGGCAUCUCAGAAAAUGUUAGAGUGUUUAUUAGGAGCCUAAAAAAUUACUGAACCGAGGACAGAACUGGAAAUUUGCCAUUUGUGAAUAUUUUAAAUUUCUGUUAUAGCUAUAUUUUUGGUGUUUAUUUUCAUUUUUUUAAACCGAUAGGACUUUCUUUUUAAAAAUAUUUUACUUUGGAAGCUCCCAGAUUCCAGGGGAGAGCCUAACCCCAUAUGAACACACGGGUCCAGCCCUCUACUCUGAUUUCAACAUGACUGGUUAUGUCUUUAGUAGAGAACCCUCUGUCGAGUAUUGUAAUUUUUUAUCUUCUGGUUCUGCUCAUACCGUACCACACUAAGUCUCUGGAGGGAGGGGUCCAGCACUGUUCAUAACCCUGUUAGCUGACCACCACCCGUCCGGGUUAGGUGCUAAGUAGCAGUGAAUAUCCUUACUUGCUAGAAAAGCACUCAGGCUCUUGGUUGGAGGAAAAGAGGCUACGUUUAAAAGCCACACCUCAAUUUCUACUGGUUAUUGCUAGUGUUUUAAUAAUUAGUGAUUUUAAAAAAAAUUUUACUUGGAUCCAAUUACCUUGCUAGCUUAGUUUUGGUUUGAAGAGUUUUUCAGUUUCAUUUCCUAGCUUUUCUAGGUAUACAAUAAGUAACGAUUAGUGUUCUCUUAAUUCUAAUCUGUAUGCCACUUAUGUCGUGCAUGAGCGCAAAUAUUUUUAAAAUGUUGAAUACUGAAUAACAGGCGUUCAGUGUCUUGUUCCUAACUUUCAGGAGAAAGGUUUUUUAGGAUUUCACAGUUUUAUAUGGCGUUCACCCUCAUUGUUUGUGAUAAAUAUUCUACUCUGUUUGGGAAGUUUUCUUCUAUUCCUAUUUUUAGAAGAAGCAAUAUGUUAUAGUGGUAAAGAGCACAGAUUUUGUGCCUGGAAGCCUAGGUUCAAAUCCUGCCUCCACCACUUUCUUUAGGUGUGUGAUCCUGGGCAAGUUGCUUUGCCUCCUUUUGUCUUCCAUGUGUAAAAUGGAGCUACCUCAUAGGGCCUUGAGGAUAAAAUCAGUUCGUAAGUGUAACGCACUUGAAACAAUACUUGGCAUGUAGUAUACCCUAUAGCAAAUUAUUAUUAUACUUAAGUUUUUAUUAGGAAUGGAUGCUAAGUUCUGUCCGACUUUUAAAAAUCUGUUGGUGUAAUGUUAUGGUUUUAUCAUUCUUUUCAGAAUCGAUUUUGCUGACAAGUUUCCAAAUGAAAUUUCCUUGUGU